AACAUCUCUCCUCUCACCCGCCUCCUACUCGCCAGCCAUGAAGGGUUUCACAAAGGCCAUCAAGCGGACGCCGCACAUGGUGACCACAAAGGUCGGCAUGUCCAAGAAGUCGGCUGAUCUGGAGUUCGAUGACUACGAACGCAAAUUCUCGACUAUGGAAGACACAGUGGAGAAACUGCUCAAGGACUGCAAGAAGUUUAACGAGGCUGUCGUCAACUUGUUCACCGCUGGCCAAGGGUUCUCCCAGCACUUCUGCCAAUUAUUCCACCCAAUGGUCGGGGAGUAUGACCUCAUCGGCAAGAACCCAGAUGCACAAGAUACGAUUCGCAACGUCGAUGGAUACCAACAACUCUUCGAGGAAUUGCGAAUGAGUAUCACGCCGGAACUUGAACUCAUCGAGUCUCGUAUCGUCACACCGGUGAAGGAACUACAGACGAUCAUGAAGCAGAUCCGAAAGAACAUUACGAAGCGUAAUCAUAAGCUUGUUGAUUACGACCGAUUCAAUAACUCUUUGACGAAACUACGCGACAAGAAAGAGAAAUCACUCAGUGACGAGAAGAACUUGUUCAAGCUCGAACAAGACUUCGAGGUAGCGACAAACGAAUAUGAAUACAUCAACAACGCCAUGAAGCAAGAUCUUCCGCGCUUCAUGGUGCUCUCCGCCCAAUUCGUCGACCCUCUUUACAAUUCCUUCUACUACAUGCAAUUGAACAUCUUCUACAUGCUCAUGGAGAAAAUGUCCACCUUCGCAGACGGGAAAUAUGACAUCCAAAUCCCAACAGCCCAAAUCUCCGACGACUACGAAAACAGACGUUCAGACGCAUGGCAACGCAUCGAAGACAUGAACAUCACGAAACGUAUCGUCAGUACAGCCAAGAUGAUGCAAAAUCAUCGACAGAACUCGGGCAUGUCUUCUGGAACAGGGUCGAGUUUGGGAAGGUCGAACACUGCGAUGUCGAGCUCUACUACGAGUUCCGCGGGGUUGGGAGUUGGGGGGAGGACGAUGCCGCCUAUGGCUAGGACGCCGAGUGCGAGUUCGUAUGUUAAGAAGGCUCCUCCUCCACCGCCUUCGCUUGCUUCGUACGCUGCUGCCCCGCCUCCGUACACACCUUCGAGCAAUGGUACUGCUGCGGCUGCGGCUGCAGCUGCAGCUACGAAGCGACCUCCACCUCCACCCCCACUUAAACCGAAACCGCGUGUUGAGCCACCGGUGCAAUACGUCGUUGCGUUGUAUGACUUUACCCCUCAGGCGGAUGGAGACCUAGAGUUCCACGUAGGCGACCGCAUCGAGGUCGUCAAACGCACAGCAAGUACCGAAGAUUGGUGGACUGGCCGACUGAACGGACGGGAAGGUGUUUUCCCGGGAAACUACGUACAAGAAGCCUAGCGAACAGUCAAACCGGACUGUACUCUCGUUAUUCAACGAAACGAUACCAUCUUUCUCUCUCCUCUCCUCUCUUCUUUCCAACCCGUCGUCACCUCGGCCGAGUCUCCUUCAAACAUUCGAACGGAACACAUCCCAGCCAAUAUUCUUCUUCCCUUCGUCUUCCAUAGUACAUACAUACAGACAUACCACCUAC